GCCGAGUUGAAGCGGCGGCGCCGGCCCGGGCGCCCGUUGGGGCCGCCCCCGCACCCCUCUCGCCGGCGUCUGGCUCUCAUGAUGAUGAAGAAGAAGAAGUUUAAGUUUAAGGUGGACUUCGAGCUCGAGGAGCUCUCCUCGGUGCCCGUCGUCAACGGGGUCCUCUUCUGCAAGAUGCGGCUGCUGGACGGCGGCAGCUUCACCGCCGAGUCCCCCAGGGAGGUGGUGCAAGCAAACUGUGUUCACUGGAGAAAGAAGUUCUCAUUUAUGUGCAAAAUGAGUGCAAGUGCCACCACAGGCAUCCUAGACCCUUGUAUCUACAGAGUAUCUGUGAGGAAGGAAUUAAAAGGUGGAAAAACUUAUGCAAAGCUGGGCUUUGCAGAUCUAAACCUGGCAGAGUUUGCUGGAUCAGGAAAUACCACUCGUCGCUGUUUACUGGAAGGCUAUGAUACCAAAAAUACAAGACAGGAUAAUUCCAUUCUUAAAGUUUUAAUCAGUAUGCAACUGAUGUCUGGUGACCCAUGUUUUAAAACGCCUCCUUCUACAUCAAUGUCUAUACCAAUUGCUGGUGAAUCUGAAUCCCUGGAAGAAGAUAGAAAAGGUGGAGAGACUCUCAAAAUUCCUCUUCGGCUAGCAGAUCUCUCAGCAAAGAGUGCCUCUGUUCCAGAUGAACUUGGUGCCUGUGGACAUUCUAGAACAUCAAGCUAUGCAAGCCAGCAGUCAAAAGUAUCAGGGUAUAGCUCUUGCCACUCCCGGUCAUCUAGUUUCUCUGAGCUCUGCCACAGGAGAAAUACCUCAGUGGGAAGUACAUCAACAGGAAUUGAAAGUAUUCUAGAGCCAUGUGAUGAAACUGAGCAAAAGAUAGCUGGACCAAAUCUUGAUACAGCUGAUAAAGAAGAUACAGCUUUGGAAACACUCAACAGAUGCCUAGUGAAACAAGAUUCUGUAGAAUCUCAGCUGAAGCGAGUUGAUGACACCAGAGUGGAUGCAGAUGAUAUUGUGGAGAAAAUAUUACAAAGUCAAGACUUCAGCCUAGAUUCCAGUGCAGAAGAAGAAGGACUGAGGUUAUUUGUGGGUCCUGGGGGAAGUACAACCUUUGGCAGUCAUCAUCUUCCAAACAGGGUGGGGUCUGGAGCUUAUGAACAAGUUGUGAUCAAACGAUAGAAAUCAAGCUGGUGAACUGAAGCUUCCCUGGGAGUUUAAGAUGUGGUCAGUUGAGCUGUCAAGGCACUUUAUUCAAGCACUUAUGAGAAAGUGAACCUAUUAAAAAAAAAUGAAGCAUGUUCAUCUAUCAAGAGGAAAGCCAACACUGAUUUCUUCUCUAAAGGUGCCCACCACUCUCCUUUCUCACCCACCAACAGGGAACAUCGGAAUGGUAGUAUCAGGGCAGUGUGCCACGUGUGCUUAUAGGUACACAGCUUCUGUGAUAACUACACAUAAUAAUGAAAAGCCUGCUUUUUUUUUCAAAACAUCCAGUGGGAAAAACAGCACUAUGCAUCUGAGUAUAAUUUUAGUGUUGAAGUGUAAAACCUGUGAUAGAAGUGCUUGACUGAUUUGGGCUCUAAUUUUUUAAUUUUAUGUUUGAGAGACAAUAAGUGAAAAUAAUUUAAACUCUAUAAAUUUUGCCAAGAAUAGAUAUAAUUCCUGUGAAGGAAAUCUUCCAUAUUAUACUAUCACGGUAUUGUACUAAGUUCAUUCACUCUUUUUGAUGCAAUAUUUGAUAUAAAAUAUGGGUGUUCGUGAUUUGGGAAAGUGUUAUACUACAUUUUAAACAUGUAAAAUGCUUAAUUCUAAAUGUAUUAGUCAUAAAUUGAAUAACAAAUGUGAGUUAUUUAAGUCUGAGAUACGUGAAUGGGUAUAAUGCUAUCAUUACACAGUAUGUAUCAUUACUUGUUAAUAUUAGAUGAGCUACAGAACUCCCACUAGCACUAUAUGAGAGACUGAAGUUUAAGACUCCAUAUGUUAGGCUACCAUAAGACACCCUAAUGUAAGAGCUCUGUUAACUAACAGAAUAAUAUCUGAUGGUUUCAGGAGUCAAAAUUUAGAACAACAGGAGGAAAAUUGUGAUAUGGUCAGAAACAGAGCUGGCUUUUCUCUGUAAGUUCAGGCUUACAUGAAACUGAAAAUUAUUCCAAGGAGGUAGUGGAUAAAGGACAGGCGACAGCUGCUUGACAUCACUGACAUGGACCCAUGGUUUUCUGUUUUCUUCUUUACUGUAUCAGAAAUUAGUUAUUUUGAGGCAAGAAUAGAAUAUAACAUACAUCAAAUAGAGCUUUUAAAAUAAGAAUAUCUGAUCUGGAUCCAGUUAAAUAGCACAGCAGAUAAACCUUAAGAGUUUUUCUGGUCUUACAUGACAGUGUCUGUAUGGAAAGAUCUAAAUUUUCUUGGAAUCACUCAGUCACUGAAGAAAAAUGUUGAUUCUGUAGAACCAGUAAUUCCCAGUCCUUUCAAAGCCAUAUCCAAGAAAUGUGCUGUGUUAGAAUUACUUUGGUCUAAUAUUUCCAUGUUGGCAAAGUAAGAGGGAAAAAAUAUUACUUUUUUAAAUUUAUUUUUAAUAUCCAGAUUUAGAGGUUUGAAAUUUUUUGAAUAGUUCAUGUUAGGGUUUUUUUUAAUAUUUCAAGGAUUGGGUAUUCCAAAUUAAUUCAAUACCACUUUUAUAAAUAGAUUCUGAUAUUUUUUUAAAGAGAUAACACCCCAUUUUAGAAUAUCUUGAAUGUUGAAAGAUAGGAUUUUCUGACUCAUUAGUCAUGCUUUCUUAUUUUUUAAGAUUUGUUUUGAAGAAAAAAAUUGACCUGAACAUUUUAGUCUAACCAAGGAAAAUAUUACCUUAAUGGUAAAGACUUGCUGUCUGCAAAUAAACAGGUGAAUUGAUCCAUUCAUUAUAUAUCAUGGGAAGAAAAAAAACAAUCAAAGAAAGUUUUUAAUAGAGAUGUGAAGAUGUUGUUUAGAGAGAUAUUUAUUAUGACGUCUUAAAAACAUAUUUUUCUAUUUUCAAAGUAUUAUUUCCAGGCUAUAUUUUUUAUUGGCACUUCUGCAGAUGAUUUUGCAGUUUUGAAAGUGAUAAUAAAAACUAGAUUGUAAGUUAGGUUUCAGUGAGGACAUUCUUCAGAUAUGUAAAAGAUGCUGUGAUUAGGGCACUGCCCCCAUCUUACUCAUCCUUGGCUGCCCUUGGCCCAAUACCUUUAUAUAAGACUGGCUCUUGGUAUUUAAGAUGAUAUAGCAUUAUUUUUUAAGAACAAAAUGCGGAGAGAUUUUGAAAAUCGUGCCUUUAUAAUUUGAGCAGCCACCAGAUACAUCUUGCUUAAGGUACUAGUAAGUAUAACAUAUGUUUUGAUAAGUAGAAACAUUAGGAAGAAAAAAGAUGACACUGUCCGCUUUCUUCAGUGAAAGUCUGGAUUUAUUUUAUUCUAUUUUGUGUUCUGUCAGCAUACUUUGCAAUCAGAUUUCAUUACAGUCCUUGAAAAUAUUUGUUAAAGGACCUAAGUGUCUUACUUUAUAGUUUUUCUUAGAGUAUGUACUAGUAAUAUCUUAACCAUAUAGCUAUUGGAAAAAAUCUGCUUAUUAAAU